UAUAUACAACAAUUGCUGGAAAACGCAGCGAAAGUUUCGCACGUGAACAAUUAUCUUUACUGCAACAUCUCCUACCGCUCCCCCCAUUGAUCACGGCAUACUUCAAAAUGUUCCUAUACAAGUGGGUGAUAGCCAGUUAAAGUGAGUUCUAGUUUUAAUCUUUGACAAUUCUGAAAGGUUGCCAAGCAUAUAAACAACGUAAAAAUAUUUAUUUGCCUGGUUGCAGGCUGUCCCAUCGUUCGAACGCCCUUCCACUUCUACAACUGUGCCUCUAUUGACUAGCAAAUCAUCCGUACAGAAACAGCUAAAAUGGACGCCAUACAGGAUUUCUUUUUUAUGAUGGGUCAGACGAACAUAUUUUGCCUCCUAGCCGAUGUAUGUCAUCUGCUUGCGAGUUUAGUCUUGCUAUACAAAAUAGGCCGCACCCAUUCCUGCUCGGGAAUAUCCGGACGCGCACAAAUCCUUUUCGCUGCAGCCACUCUCGCAAAUCUUUGCACUGAAAACCUGACCUAUUGGAAUUAUGUUUUGAAAGUAUUUGCAUUGAUAUGUGAAGGUAUUACGCUUAUUAUAGUAUACGGACCACUCCGGAGAACCUAUGAUCGGGAAUAUGAUACAGUCCACUUAGAACUGUUGGUUAUUCCUUGCUUCAUUAUGGCAUUCUUUGUGAAUUAUGAAUUUUCACAUCAGCAGGUUAUAUGGGCAUUUUCAAUUUAUUUGGAAGCAAUUGCUGUUGCCCCUCAAAUAGUACACACUCAGCAAAAAGGAUGUACACAAUAUAUGACCAGUUACUUUGUUGUACUUGGCUUGCAUCCUGUUCUGAUGGUGAUAAAUUGGAUAUUCCGUUACUUAAAUGAAGCAUAUGCCGACCCCAUUCCUGUUUGGGCUAGCGUGACGCAAGCCGUAUUAAUUACAUAUUCUUGCCUAGGAUGCACAGGUAAGGCAAAGUCUAACGAAGGAAUAGAAGAUAACGAACUAGAUAUUGAUUGCAAGGAUCCCAGCCCGUUUAAAAUUGAUAUUCAAGAGCAGGAGAAACAGCUCCUGAUUGAGUACAUUCAGCGGAAAAAAGAGAUUCGCACUGACGACAAGCAGAAUAUACAGUCAAGUUCUAUAUCGAACAAUAAAGACUACAAUAAAGGAGAUAUUAAUUUUAAGGCUGAAAAUUUGGUGUGAAGGGUUGUUAUGCAUAAAUUAUUAUACGUACAUACUUUUCAUAUCUUUUUUCAAAUAAACUUCUGUAUCUACAAUUA